AUGGACUCGCAAGAAUUCAUACCACAGUAUAAACUCAUUUUAGUUGGGGAUGGUGGUGUAGGAAAAACCACAUUUGUGAAGAGACAUCUUACGGGAGAAUUUGAGAAGAAAUAUAUUCCCACCCUCGGUGUCGAAGUGCACCCAUUGAAAUUUCAAACCAACUUUGGGAAGACCCAAUUUAACGUGUGGGAUACAGCCGGCCAGGAAAAAUUUGGAGGACUCAGAGAUGGCUACUACAUAAAGAGUGAUUGUGCUAUUAUCAUGUUUGACGUAUCAUCCCGUAUCACCUACAAGAACGUGCCCAACUGGUAUAGGGACAUUACUCGAGUUUGUGAAACCAUCCCCAUGGUGUUAGUUGGAAAUAAGGUAGACGUGAAGGACCGACAAGUGAAGUCAAGGCAAAUACAAUUUCACAGGAAAAGAAAUUUGCAAUAUUAUGAUUUGUCUGCAAGAUCCAAUUACAAUUUUGAAAAACCAUUUUUGUGGUUAGCUAGAAGAUUAUCCAACCAGCCAAAUCUGGUAUUCGUGGGCGAGCACGCAAAGGCGCCUGAAUUCCAAAUUGAUCUGAAUAUCGUGCGUGAGGCCGAGAAGGAGUUGGAGCAGGCGGCGGCGGUGGCCAUCGACGAGGAGGACAUUGAGAAUUGA